UCUAUCCUUAGCCUUCUCGAGACCUGAUUAGCAGGUAGGUCCCCGCUUGGACGGAAGGUAAGGCUUUUGAACUGGCCGCUCGCUCUCGUGCCAGCACUGCCCGAGCCUUCACUUCACUGCAUUUGUCCCUUUGGAGUGUAUGCCUCAGCUCUGCGGAUGGUUGCCCCUCACCCCCCAAACGUUUGGCUUAUAUGUAGAUCAUGGUUUUUGACAGACAUGGCAUAACCAAGCGGAAGGCGCGUGGAUCGCUGGCGCAGAUAUGCACUGGGUGAUCUGGGCAUCCUCUGCAGUUGUCCUCUGACCAUCGCGCCCUCUCCCAUGUGACCUUGUUAUUGGUUGGAUAAACUCAAACUGACAACUUUCAGCAUCAGCCUGCUUCAGCUGGCCAGCAACGCGACGUGGGGUGGCACAAAAUGGCCGCCCACAAGCGCAGCUACCAUUGUUUCGAUGCCAUUGUCGACGACGCUUCCCACAAGGCCUCGUCGCGGCAACCCGCCCCUCCCCGAAGCACCCGCCCGGAGCCGCUGGAGGACAGCGGCGGGUGCAACGUCUGCCAGUCUGGGGAACCAGAAGAGGCAGGUGGGGACCAGGCCUCUGGCUGGCACCAGCCUGACGGGCACCAACAUGCCCGCAGGAGGCCCGCCAGGCCUGAAGAGGGCACUGCCGAGGGCCCCAGGGAGCACAACUUCCACAGGCACUCCAAGAGAAUUCUGCUGGUGAAGAACAGCGACCCGUCCGUCAGGAGGAACAUCGUGCUGCACCGCAGGAGCGUGCGCAGCCUUGGGGUCUUCAUGGAUGAGGUCGCUGAACUCAUGCAGUGUCACCUUCGCAAGCUGUGCACUAUGGACGGCCACAAGAUCGACAGUGUUCAGAGUCUCUUGCAGUGCCCCAGUGUGCUGGUAUGUGUGGGGCGGGAGCCCUUUCACCCCUUGCUUCUGGAUAACAUGCGAAAAAACUCAGUGGACAAGCUCCCUCCAGUGAACACGAAAUCACGUGUAAACCUGUGCACUCAAGGGCAGGAUGACAGGAAAAAUCUCAACUUAGGAUUUGAGACAAAGAAGAGCGUCAUUCACCCAAGACCUGAAUCUAGCAACAGGGCAUCAAGGCUCUCAUUGUCAUCUGAGAAGUCAUCCUCAAAUGGACUCCAUUCUGUGGGACAUUCAGGUCCCUGCCCUCACGCCAGGGAGAGCAUGAUGGAAGAUGAAAUUGAGAAACGAGUGCUCGUCAACAAGGAUGGUAGCCUUUCGAUGGAAAUGAAAGUCCGUUUUCGACUGCUCAAUGACGAAACACUGCAAUGGUCCACAGAGAUAAAGAAGACAGCUGGACCUAACACCAAUCCAUACUUCUUCGGAUAUAAUGAGCCCUGUUACCUUCACCACGACAGUGCCGAGACCUAUUCAGAGGAAUCCAUGUCUGUUGGAGAUGCUGAGGAGGCGUACACUAAAUAUUACCAACAGCACUUGGAAGAGCCUCACUGCCCAAACUGUUGUAGUCAAUGUCAAGAAUAUGACAUCUGGAAAAAUCCUAACACUGCUGACCAAGAGACUGUCAGACGCAUUACGUCCUCGAGCUCAAGCGCAUCCACGCAUGUAGUAGUAUGUAAAAAGGAGUCUGUGGAAAGUAUACGUACUACGUCUCGGUCAAGUGGAGAGUUCACAGAACACAUAGUUGAAAAGGCAACCCGUGUCAAACAGACAGUUGAAGAGAAGUAUGUCACUUGCACUUGUCAGGCCAGUGAGGUUUCAGAAAUCACAGAGAAGCAUGAGAGUGCUGAAAACACUCAGGCAUCUGACAAUGACGCAGACAAUACUGACAACGAGUCGUAUAAAAGUGGAUCUACCAACCCUUCUAAAGACUCACAGAAAGAUGCAGUGAGUGUUCACAUCACUCAAGUCUCAGAUGAGGAGGAUCGCUCAAUGUCUCCGGUCAGCAAUUCCUCCCAGGUGCUUGCAUCCCUGAGGGAAGACCAAGACGAUGAGGAAGAUGACCUACCUCCAAGUGUGUCAAGAGCAUUCUCAUGCGAUCAGAGCACUGGCUCCGACGAGGAGGUGAAUGUCGCAAGUGCAGCACCAAGCUCGUGUUCCAACAUGAUCUGUAAGGUUUGUCCUAUACAAAAACUGACACCUAGAUCUCCAAGUAAAGCAUCUAGCCUUUCAGCAAGGUCAGAGAAAUCAGUCAGGUCAGCAGUUUCGGACGGAGAGGAUGGAAAAGAGCAGGAUAGGUUCUCAGAUGGAGAAAAUGACAAAAGAUCUGAGAGUGGACUAUCUUCUACCUCUAAACAUUCAGCUAGGUCUAAUAAAAGUUCAGCUAUAGAGCCCGAACAGAUACCAGAGGACUUGGACCAAACUGAUAUGAAUGCGGAGAAUCUAGAAACAGAAAGAGUAUUAAGCCCAAUGUCGGCAAAAUCUUCAAAAUCCAGGAAUGAGGAGCGAUCAUUAAGUGCCAUGUCUGCCAAAUCAAAUGCCUCUGCAAAAUCACAGAAGUCUAAAGUUUCAGAAGCUGCUGAAGAGGAUGUUGUGGAGAAGAAAGAAGAAAGAGCACCAAGUGCCGUGUCUAACAAGUCAAACCCAUCUGUAAAGUCAAAGAAAUCAGGUGUAUCUGAAGCAGCACAGAAAGGGAAUGAAAGAGCAUCAAGUGCCAUGUCAGCCAAGUCAAACACAUCCACAAGUUCCAGGCAGUCAAAAGCUUUAGAAGUCAAAACUGAUGAGCCUCUGAGUGGAGAAGACCUAAACAAGGAGAGGCCACCAAGCACUACUUCAGAAAAAUCCAACAAUUCUGCCCAGUCUCAGUCUGAAGUGGCAGAAGAGGCAGCUAUCACAUGCGCAUGUACCACAGACAGACAGGACGAAGCAACAGUUGAAGAACGAGCUGCAAGUGCCAUGUCUGCUGAAUCAAAUGCCUCUGCAAAGUCAAAGGCUUCAGAAGCUAAUGCUGUGGAAACCACAGAUAAUGGUGACACAACAAAUGACAGGGCUCCAAGUGCUGCUUCUGCAAGGUCUAAUGCCUCUGCAAGAUCUAAUAAGUCCAGGGUUUCUGAAGCUGCACCUGAAGAAGAAGAAGUAGAAGCAGCAGAGGAGAGGGCUCCUAGUGCAUUGUCAGCUGAAUCAAAUGCUUCAGCAAAAUCUAAUAAGUCCAUAGUUUCUGAUGCUGCACCUGAACAAGAAGAAGAAGAAGGAGGGACAGAGGAGAGGGUUCCUGGAUGGAUGGAUAGAUACUUUAUUGAUCCCGAGGGAAAUUUAGGUAAAAGAUCUCCAAGUGCAUUGUCAGCUAAAUCCAAUGCUUCAGCAAAAUCUAAUAAAUCCAGAGUUGCAGAAUCUGCACCUGAGGAAGAUGCAACAGAGGAGAGGGCCCCGAGUGCCAUGUCUGCCAAAUCAAAUGUCUCCACAAGAUCUAAGAAGACCAAAGUUUCAGAGGCACCUAAGGAAUCAGCUGGUGUGGUGUAUGAUGUAACAGAGGAGAGAGCUCCUAGUGCAUUGUCAGGGAAAUCCAGUGUUUCUGAAAGAUGUAGAAAGUCCAAAGUUUCAGAAACUGCACCUGAUGAACAAGAGCCAACAGAAGAGAGGGUCCCUAGCGCUAUGUCUAUCAAAUCAAAUACAUCCACAAGAUCAAAGAAGUCCAACGUUUCUGAUGCUGCACCUGAACAAGAAGAAGAAGAAGCAGAGACAGAGGAGAGGGCUCCUGGAUGGAUGGAUAGGUACUUUAUUGAUCCCGAGGGAAAUUUAGGUAAAAGAUCUCCAAGUACAUUGUCAGCUAAAUCCAAUGCUUCAGCAAAAUCUAAUAAAUCCAGAGUUGCAGAAUCUGCACCUGAUGAACAAGAGCCAACAGAGGAGAGGGCCCCUAGUGCCAUGUCGAUCAAAUCGAAUACAUCCACAAGAUCAAAGAAGUCCAAAGUUCCAGAGGCUCCUGAGGAAUCAGCAGAACCUGAAGUAGAGGCAACUGAAGAAGCAACAGAGGAGAGAUCUCCCAGUGCAUUGUCAGCUAAAUCCAAUGAUUCAGCUAAAUCAAAUAAAUCCAGAGUUUCAGAAGCUUCACCUGAAGAAGAAGAAGAAGACGAAGAAGAAGCAGAAGAAGAAGAAGAAGCAGAAGCAGAGGAGAGGGCUCCUAGUGCAUUGUCAGCUAAGUCCAAUGCUUCAGCAAGAUCUAAUAAGUCCAGAGUUUCUGAAGCUCCCCCUCAGGUUAAUGAACCAGUAGAGGAGAGAGCUCCAAGUGCGGAACCUGAGGAAGAGGUAACAGAGGAGAGGGCCUUGAGUGCCAUGUCUGCCAAAUCAAAUGUAUCCACAAGAUCUAAGAAGUCCAAAGUUUCAGAGGCACCUAAGGAAUCAGCUGGUGUGGUGUAUGAUGUAACAGAGGAGAGAGCUCCUAGUGCAUUGUCAGGGAAAUCCAGUGUUUCUCAAAGAUGUAGAAAGUCCAAAGUUUCAGAAACUGCACCUGAUGAACAAGAGCCAACAGAAGAGAGGGUCCCUAGCGCUAUGUCUAUCAAAUCAAAUACAUCCACAAGAUCAAAGAAGUCCAAAGUUUCUGAUGCUGCACCUGAACAAGAAGAAGAAGAAGCAGAGACAGAGGAGAGGGCUCCUGGAUGGAUGGAUAGGUACUUUAUUGAUCCCGAGGGAAAUUUAGGUAAAAGAUCUCCAAGUACAUUGUCAGCUAAAUCCAAUGCUUCAGCAAAAUCUAAUAAAUCCAGAGUUGCAGAAUCUGCACCUGAUGAACAAGAGCCAACAGAGGAGAGGGCCCCUAGUGCCAUGUCGAUCAAAUCGAAUACAUCCACAAGAUCAAAGAAGUCCAAAGUUCCAGAGGCUCCUGAGGAAUCAGCAGAACCUGAAGUAGAGGCAACUGAAGAAGCAACAGAGGAGAGAUCUCCCAGUGCAUUGUCAGCUAAAUCCAAUGAUUCAGCUAAAUCAAAUAAAUCCAGAGUUUCAGAAGCUUCACCUGAAGAAGAAGAAGAAGACGAAGAAGAAGCAGAAGAAGAAGAAGAAGCAGAAGCAGAGGAGAGGGCUCCUAGUGCAUUGUCAGCUAAGUCCAAUGCUUCAGCAAGAUCUAAUAAGUCCAGAGUUUCUGAAGCUCCCCCUCAGGUUAAUGAACCAGUAGAGGAGAGAGCUCCAAGUGCGGAACCUGAGGAAGAGGUAACAGAGGAGAGGGCCUUGAGUGCCAUGUCUGCCAAAUCAAAUGUAUCCACAAGAUCUAAGAAGUCCAAAGUUUCAGAGGCACCUAAGGAAUCAGCUGGUGUGGUGUAUGAUGUAACAGAGGAGAGAGCUCCUAGUGCAUUGUCAGGGAAAUCCAGUGUUUCUCAAAGAUGUAGAAAGUCCAAAGUUUCAGAAACUGCACCUGAUGAACAAGAGCCAACAGAAGAGAGGGUCCCUAGCGCUAUGUCUAUCAAAUCAAAUACAUCCACAAGAUCAAAGAAGUCCAAAGUUUCUGAUGCUGCACCUGAACAAGAAGAAGAAGAAGCAGAGACAGAGGAGAGGGCUCCUGGAUGGAUGGAUAGGUACUUUAUUGAUCCCGAGGGAAAUUUAGGUAAAAGAUCUCCAAGUACAUUGUCAGCUAAAUCCAAUGCUUCAGCAAAAUCUAAUAAAUCCAGAGUUGCAGAAUCUGCACCUGAGGAAGAUGCCACAGAGGAGAGGGCCCCUAGUGCCAUGUCGAUCAAAUCGAAUACAUCCACAAGAUCAAAGAAGUCCAAAGUUCCAGAGGCUCCUGAGGAAUCAGCAGAACCUGAAGUAGAGGCAACUGAAGAAGCAACAGAGGAGAGAUCUCCCAGUGCAUUGUCAGCUAAAUCCAAUGAUUCAGCUAAAUCAAAUAAAUCCAGAGUUUCAGAAGCUUCACCUGAAGAAGAAGAAGAAGACGAAGAAGAAGCAGAAGAAGAAGAAGAAGCAGAAGCAGAGGAGAGGGCUCCUAGUGCAUUGUCAGCUAAGUCCAAUGCUUCAGCAAGAUCUAAUAAGUCCAGAGUUUCUGAAGCUCCCCCUCAGGUUAAUGAACCAGUAGAGGAGAGAGCUCCAAGUGCGGAACCUGAGGAAGAGGUAACAGAGGAGAGGGCCCCGAGUGCCAUGUCUGCCAAAUCAAAUGUAUCCACAAGAUCUAAGAAGUCCACAGUUUCAGAGGCACCUAAGGAAUCAGCUGGUGUGGUGUAUGAUGUAACAGAGGAGAGAGCUCCUAGUGCAUUGUCAGGGAAAUCCAGUGUUUCUGAAAGAUGUAGAAAGUCCAAAGUUUCAGAAACUGCACCUGAUGAACAAGAGCCAACAGAAGAGAGGGUCCCUAGCGCUAUGUCUAUCAAAUCAAAUACAUCCACAAGAUCAAAGAAGUCCAAAGUUUCAGAGGCUCCUGAGGAAUCAGCAGAACCUGAAGUAGAGGAAACUGAAGAGGCAGCUGAGGAGAGAUCUCCCAGUGCAUUGUCAGCUAAAUCCAAUGCUUCAGCAAAAUCAAAUAAAUCCAGAGUUUCAGAAGCUGCACCUGAGGAAGAAGAAGAAGAAGAUGAAGAAGAAGCAGAAGAAGAAGAAGAAGAAGAAGCAGAAGCAGAGGAGAGAUCUCCCAGUGCAUUGUCAGCUAAGUCCAGUGCUUCUGCAAGAUCUAAUAAAUCCAGAGUUGCAGAAUCUGAGCCUGAGGAAGAAGCGACAGAGGAGAGGGCCCCUAGCGCCAUGUCUGCCAAAUCAAAUGUCUCCACAAGAUCUAAGAAAUCCAAAGUUUCAGAGGUUUCUAAGGAAUCAGCAGAACCUGAAGUAGAGGAAACUGAAGAGGCAGCUGAGGAGAGAUCUCCCAGUGCAUUGUCAGCUAAGUCCAAUGCUUCAGCAAGAUCUAAUAAGUCCAGAGUUUCUGAAGCUCCCCCUCAGGUUAAUGAACCAGUAGAGAGAGCUCUAAGUGCGGAACCUGAGGAAGAGGUUACUGAUGAAGCAGCAGAGGAGAGGGCCCCGAGUGCCAUGUCUGCCAAAUCAAAUGUUUCCACAAGAUCUAAGAAGUCCAAAGUUUCAGAGGCACCUAAGGAAUCAGCUGGUGUGGUGUAUGAUGUAACAGAGGAAAGAGCUCCUAGUGCAUUGUCAGGGAAAUCCAGUGUUUCUCAAAGAUGUAGAAAGUCUAAAGUUUCAGAAACUGCACCUGAUGAACAAGAGCCAACAGAAGAGAGGGUCCCUAGCGCUAUGUCUAUCAAAUCAAAUACAUCCACAAGAUCAAAGAAGUCCAAAGUGUCAGAGGCACCUACUGAAAGUGGGGUGGGGGAGACAGAGAGAGCUUCAAGUGCAAUGUCUGCUAAAUCAAAUGUUUCUACAAAAUCUAAGAAGUCAAACAUUGCUGAUGCACGCAGAAAAUCAGCUGAACCUGAGGCAGAGGUAAAUGAUAAGGCACCAGAGGAGAGGGCUCCUAGUGCAAUGUCUGCUGAGUCAAAUGUCUCCGCAAGAUCCAAAAAGUCAAAUGUUUCAGAGGUGUCUAAGGAAACAGCAGAACCUGAAGUAGAGGAAACUGAAGAAGCAGCUGAGGAGAGAUCUCCCAGUGCAUUGUCAGCUAAGUCCAGUGCUUCUGCAAGAUCUAAUAAAUCCAGAGUUGCAGAAUCUGAGCCUGAGGAAGAAGCGACAGAGGAGAGGGCCCCUAGCGCCAUGUCUGCCAAAUCAAAUGUCUCCGCAAGAUCCAAAAAGUCAAAUGUUUCAGAGGUGUCUAAGGAAACAGCAGAACCUGAAGUAGAGGAAACUGAAGAAGCAGCUGAGGAGAGAUCUCCCAGUGCAUUGUCAGCUAAGUCCAAUGCUUCAGCAAGAUCUAAUAAGUCCAGAGUUUCUGAAGCUCCCCCUCAGGUUAAUGAACCAGUAGAGAGAGCUCCAAGUGCGGAACCUGAGGAAGAGGUAACUGAUGAAGCAGCAGAGGAGAGGGCUCCUGGAUGGAUGGAUAGAUACUUUAUUAAUCCUGAGGGAAAUUUAGGUAAAAGAUCUCCAAGUGCAUUGUCAGCUAAAUCCAAUGCUUCAGCUAAAUCUAAUAAAUCCAGAGUUGCAGAAUCUGCACCUGAGGAAGAUGCAACAGAGGAGAGGGCCCCGAGUGCCAUGUCUGCCAAAUCAAAUGUCUCCACAAGAUCUAAGAAGACCAAAGUUUCAGAGGCACCUAAGGAAUCAGCUGGUGUGGUGUAUGAUGUAACAGAGGAGAGAGCUCCUAGUGCAUUGUCAGGGAAAUCCAGUGUUUCUCAAAGAUGUAGAAAGUCCAAAGUUUCAGAAACUGCACCUGAUGAACAAGAGUCAACAGAAGAGAGGGUCUCUACUGCUAUGUCUAUCAAAUCAAAUACAUCCACAAGAUCAAAGAAGUCCAACGUUUCAGAGGCUCCUGAGGAAUUGGCAGAACCCGAAGCAGGGGGAACUAAAGAAGCAGCUGAGGAGAGAUCUCCCAGUGCAUUGUCAGCUAAGUCCAAUGUUUCAACAAGAUCUAAGAAGUCAAGGGUUUCAGAGGCACCUGAGGGACCUGAUUAUGUAGUCGAUGAACAAACUGAGGAGAGAUCUCCCAGUGCAUUGUCAGCUAAAUCCAAUGCUUCAGUGAGACCUAUUAAAUCCAGAGUUUCAGAAGCUGUACCUGAAAAGGUACCAACAGAGGAGAGAGCUGCUAGUGCCAUGUCUGCUAAAUCAAAUGUCUCCACAAGAUCUAAAAAGUCAAAGGUUUCAGAGGCUCCUGAAAUAUCAGUUGAAGCUGAGGCAGAGGUAACUGAAGAGGCAACAGAGGAGAGAGCUCCUAGUGCAAUGUCAGCUAAAUCAAAUCUUUCCACAAGAUCUAUAAAAUCCAAAGCAUCAGAAAUCACACCUAAAAACACUACUGCUGCAGUAGAGGAAAGGUCAGAGCAGAGAGCUGCUAGUGCUAUGUCUACUCAAUCUAACGUAUCUGCCAAAUCAAAGAAACCAAAAGCACCCGAAGAAAAUGCAGCUGAAGAUCCAAAUGAGGAGAGAGCACUUAGUGCCCUGUCUGCUAAGUCAAAUGUCUCUAAAAAGUCAAAGGUUUCAGAAGCCAACGCUGAACCUCCUGCUGAUGUGAAAGAACCAGGAGAGCAAAGACCAUCAAGUGCAAUGUCUGCUAAAUCAAAUGUUUCUGCAGUAUCGAAAAGGUCAAAGGCUUCAGCAACUCCUGCAGAAGAGCCUGCAGAACUUGAGCAGGAAGGAGAAUUGCGGCCGACAAGUGCUAGGUCGACAAAAUCCAAUGUCUCUGGAAGAUCUAAAAAGUCUAAUAUUUGUGAUGCUGCAUCUGACACAGAAGGACAGUCAGAUGGUGUUGGUGUACAAGAGCAACACAAUGACACAAGACCCACUAGUGCCAUGUCUACAAAGUCUAAAGCCUCAGGGGCUGUUCAUAAUUAUCCUAAGGAGGAAUCAGUGGACUGUGCAAUGUCUGUACAAUCUCAUGCCUCAAUACAAUCUACAAUUCCUGCAAUUGAGGAGCCUGAGCAAACUUCUAAUGUAGAGGGGGAGAGAGUCCCAAGUGCAAUGUCGACAAAAUCUAAUAAAUCUGUAAUAUCAAGGAAAUCAAAAGCUUCAGCGGCUGCUCCUGAUCAAAGUUGCCCUGAGGAGAGGGUACUAAGUUCAUUGUCAGUCAAAUCUAACAUCUCCUCAAAAUCAAAAAAAUCCAAGGCUUCAGAGGCAGCACCUGAAGAAACUCUUGGAACGGGACGUAGGUCUCCAAGUGCGCUGUGCACAAAAUCUGAUGCUUCUGCAAAAUCAAAGAAGUCCUCUACAGCACCUGUGGAAAAUACUGAGACAGGCAAUGAGGACAAAGAACAAAAUGUCCCUAUUAGUGAUAACGUAAGUGAGGAAGGUUACCAGAGGUCUGCUAGUGCGUUGUCUGGUAAAUCUAAAGUGAGCAAUAAUUCAAGCAGUGCUAGUCCUUCAAGUGACUCAGUUUCUCUUGGACUGGCAGAGGAUCAUGCUACAGAUGAUGAAGCGGUCUCCAAGGCCUCAGAUACAUCCAGAAGAUCUGUGCGACAGUCAAGAGCGCUCAACACAGAAAUGCCUGGCGACAGAGCAAAGAGCACAACUUCUAGCAGAACAGCAAAAAGCAAAUCGCCAUCUCCACUACCAAAGACUAACACUGAGGCACAAGCUGAUGACAGUAAGUCACCCAGUAUUUGUCCUAAAUGUCAUUCUCCCAUUCGCAAGACUAGUCCACAGAGGCCCCUUUCAACUGCUUCAGCACGAUCAGCGAGGUCCAAAACUAAAGACACCAUCAUGGCAGAGGUAAACAAUGGACCAAAUAGCAAUGUGUCCACUCAGUCUGCUUAUUUGCAAACGACGGUGGAUGAUGAUGGCAAAAGUAAUCAUGAGAGUUCACGUUCACUAAAAUCAAACAAAUCAAGUCACAAAGGAGCAACGCCUAGACCUAACUCAACUACAGUGUCAGAGAGUUGCCACAUCCCAAGCCCGCCCAAAGAAACAACAAGAUCUGGAAAAUCAGCUAUUCGUAUUGGACGUUUCCAUGAUAGUGUGUCAUCGCAGUCUAUUUCAGAGGGAGAGCCCAACAUGGAUCAAACUGAUACAAGGGCAGCAACAGCAGAAACCGAAAGCCAAAAGUCAAAUGGACCUCUGGAGCCAACAGAUUGUAACAGAAGUGAAAAAAGUAAUGAAUGCAAAUUCAAAAAUGACAAUCUUUCACGACACAAGGGGGAUGACAUCUCUGAGCUGGUUCCAUCCAACUUGCCGAAUGCAUCUCCCAGUGAGGUGGUGAAUGAGUGGCUGAAGAAAAUUCCAUCAGACAGUGAAAUGUAUGAUGUGGGUGAAGAGUUCCAUGAGAAUGGCAAUGAUGCCGAACAUCAGAACACACCCGACGAGCCUUCACCAAAUGAGAAAGCUGAUGUGGCUGAGGAGGCUGCCAGCAAUGCCAAGUCUGAGGCAAAAAGUGACAAAGAUGAAGCUCAAGAGGUAGAAACAAAGAGUUCUGUGAAGGCAGACAAUGAACCUAUUGCUGAGGCACCUCAGGAGUCAGAGACAGCAAAUGUUAAAGAUGACACUACUGUGCCCUCUCCUCCCCUUGCAAAGGGAUUCCACUCCUCUGUUCAAGUGAUGAAAGUUCUGCUAAGCCCUAAACUUGACAGAUGCCAAAGUUUACCUGAGGUGUCUGCUGUGUAUGGACGGAAACUGAGCUCCUCUGCUAGGGGGCUCCUCGACUGCCUUGCAAACCUGCAGCUGAUAGACUUUGAUCCCAGUGACAAAACUGGAAAAGAUGCCAGGUAUAAAGAGCUGAUGAAUAUCCUCCAGUCACUUUGGCUUUGCGACCCAUCUGAUAGUGAGAGAAUGAAACAAAAAGUUAAAAUCAGAGGCCAACGAUCAGUUGAUGAUGAGUUCAAUCACAGAUCAUCUUCAGGUGUGGAUGUCAGUAGCGGCUCCACAGGUUCAGGCAAGAGCAUCACUUGUGCUGCUCAAGAUCAAACCCCCUCAGCCAAUGCAGCCACUGAUCAUGAUGCUCUUGCAAACGUACAAGAGGCUAAAGAGACUGAGGGGGAAGAUGAGUCAGAAGUGACCAAAUCUGACACAGCAACGCCAGACAUAGCCAGUCGAGUCCAGCUAACUCCUGAGUUAGACAUUGAUAUUGAGAAAGAAAAUGAAGAUGAUGUCCCCUCAGAUGAAACUAUAAGAAGCAAUGAUAGUCCAAGGGAAAUUCCAGAAUCACCUCAAUCCUUCAACAAGAGCUCAGGAAAUGAGAGCAGCCCUAAACCUCCAGAGGAAACUGAAACAGACCCUCAAGAGGAAACAAGUUCUGGUUCACCUCCAUCUGUCCAAAGGGCCCAGUUGAUAAAAAGAAUUUCUCAAGACCCCGAUCCCAUUUGGGUGCUGAAUCUUUUGAGCAAGUUACAGAAGCAGUUCAUGGCACAUUAUGUUGAUGCCAUGAAAGAGUUCAAGCUGCGAUGGAAUUUGGACGGAAAUAAACAGAUUGACAUAAUGAUCAGUGAAUUGAAAGAUGAGGUUCACAGGAGAAUACAAUCAAGUAUUCAGAAAGAGCUCAGGAAAAUUCAAGGACGUGCUGGAAGACCAAGACCACCUAAGGAGGCAUUGUCGAGAGAAUCAAGCGCCCAAACAGAUCAGAGACGCAGGCGACUAAAAGUCAUGCGAAACCACUCCAUUGAUGCACAGGUUGCAAAAAGUGACGAAGAUUGUGCUGCCACUUUGACCGAUUUCAGUGACCAGCGCAGUGAUGAUGAAUACUGCCCAUGUGACACCUGCGUGCAGAAAAAAUUGGCAUCAGGACCUCUAUUGCCAGCAGAGAUUUUCAACUCUGCUCCAGUGAUGAUGGACUUUGACCUGAGAACCAUCCUGCAGCUUAAGAAGGAUACUCUGACGAUCGACAAAGAUGAUUUAUUGGAAAAGACUGAGCAUGAAAUCAACUCUGAUGAAGGUGAAAGCCAAGAUGAAAAUAAUUACCUUGAACCCUUGAAAGAGGAGGAAGAGAUAGAUGAGACGGAGGAAGAUGUUGAUGCUGCAACAGAUGAAGCAGAAGAGCUGAGAUGUGACGUAGAAGUUCGCAGAUAUAUAAAUAUAUACAAUGAGGUUGAGAAAGAAAAUCAACAGAAAAAACGUGUUGCAGAACCAAUGCCCUGUGUAGCUCGAAAGGAAGUUAUUGUGCCAAGGGAAAACAAAGGUUUUGGAAAAACUGUUAUCUCAUGUUAUAUCAUGGAUACUUCAACCUGUCUUAGGCUUCUUGCAGAACAGGAAGAAGAGGAGCUCAGAUAUUAUCAGGAUGCUGAAAAAGAGAAGGAGAGACAUGAAAUGGAGGAUAAGGUCAAACAAGAUGCAGAGGAGAGACCUGAGGAAGCUGUGGAGCCUGAAGUGGAUGAAGAAGCUGAAAAGGCUGACAAACCUGAAGUAGAGACUGCUGAAGUAGCAGACUCUACAAAUGAAGACCAGGAAGACAAACCUGAGGGACAGAAGAAAAAGCCUACAAAGCUGAUGGAUAUUCCAACCUUCCUCAGACUCACUGCAGAUGAAGGUACUGAUCUCAAAGGUUCUCAGGAGGAUGAGGAGGGAGAUGAGGUCAAACAAGAUGCAGAGGAGGGUCCUGAGGAAGCUGUGGAGCCUCAAGUGGAUGAAGAAGCUGAAAAAGCUGAUGAACCUGAAGUAGAGACUGCUGAAGUAACAGACACUACAAAUGAAGAGGAAAAAAAUGAAGAAGACCAGGAAGAUGAGGGACAGAAGAAAAAGCAUACAAAGCUGAUGGAUAUUCCAACAUUCCUCAGACUCACUGCAGAUGAAGGCCCAGAUGAUCUCAAGAGUUCUCAAGAGGGUGAUGAAUAUGAGGAGGGGAAGGAGGCAGAGAAUGUAAACAAAGAAGAAGCAGUGGCUGAAUCUGAGGAUCCUCUAGAACCUGAAGUGACUGACGAAGCUGAAAAAGUUUCUGAACCUGAAAUAGAGGCAGAUGAAGUAGCAGAAACUGACAGUGAAGAACAGAAGGCGACUGAUGAGGCACCCCUGACAAAAAGUGCAAGAAAACCUGUCACUAAACUCAUAGAUAUUCCAACUUUUCUUAGACUUACAGCAGACGAAAGCCACUGUGAGCUUGAAUCAUCUGAGGCAGGUAAAGAAGGACAUGAAGAAGAGGAGGAGGAUGAGAAAGAUGAAGGUGAUGCAGCUGACGAGAGUGCUGAAGCAGCAGCAACUGAAAGUGAAGAAAAGCAAGAAUAUGAGACUGAGGCACCUCAGACAAAAAGUGCAGUCAAAUCUGUGAAGAAGCUCAUUCCUACAUUCCUCAGACUUACAGCAGACGAAAGUGCAGCUGAUCCUGAGAGCUCUGAGGAAAACAGAGAAGGAAAGGAGAGCAGAGAUGAAGAAGAAGCAGAGGAUGAGCAUAGCGACGAGGAAGAAGGCACUGUAACUAAAGAUCAAUCUGCAGAAGAAGAUCCUGAACAAGCUGACACUGCAGAGGAAGAAGGCACUGCAACUAAAGACCAAUCUGCAGAAGAAGAUCCUGAACAAGCUGACACUGCAGAGGAAGAAGGCACUGCAACUAAAGACCAAUCUGCAGAAGAAGAUCCUGAACAAGCUGACACUGCAGAGGAAGAAGGCACUGCAACUAAAGACCAAUCUGCAGAAGAAGAUCCUGAACAAGCUGACACUGCAGAGGAAGAAGGCACUGCAACUAAAGACCAAUCUGCAGAAGAAGAUCCUGAACAAGCUGACACUGCAGAGGAAGAAGGCACUGCAACUAAAGACCAAUCUGCAGAAGAAGAUCCUGAACAAGCUGACACUGCAGAGGAAGAAGGCACUGCAACUAAAGACCAAUCUGCAGAGGAAGAUCCUGAACAAGCUGACACUGCAGAGGAAGAAGGCACUGCAACUAAAGACCAAUCUGCAGAAGAAGAUCCUGAACAAGCUGACACUGCAGAGGAAGAAGGCACUGCAACUAAAGACCAAUCUGCAGAAGAAGAUCCUGAACAAGCUGACACUGCAGAGGAAGAAGGCACUGCAACUAAAGACCAAUCUGCAGAAGAAGAUCCUGAACAAACUGACACUGCAGAGGAAGAAGUUACUGCAGCCGAGUCUACAGCUGAAAAAGAUACUGAUUCUGACGAGCAAGUAGAGACACCCAAUAAACACUCGGAACUUGCUGAGACAGCUGAUGAAAAAGAGACCACAGAUGCUCAAACGGCUGAUGAGGAAGACACAGCUUCAUCUGAAACUGCAAACGAAGACUCAACUCAGGGUGAAUCAGCGGAGGAUGGGGAAGCCGAUGAAGGAAGUGCCUCAGAUGAGGCGGAAACGGUCCUUGAUAAAAUACCUGAGGAAAGAGAAACUGCUGAUGAAGAAACAGCAGCCGGUGAGAGUGCUGCUGAAGACAAAGAAGCAGAGGAAGAGGAAUCUACUAAAGUUUCAUCAGGAAAGGAGUCUGAAGCUGAAACAGCUGAUGAAGGUGACCUGAAACAAGAGCAAUCAGUCGAGGAGGAAGACCAGGCUGGAGCAGAGACUGCUGAUGAAGUUGACCUGAAACAAGAGCAAUCAGUCGAGGAGGGAGACGAAGCUGGAGCAGAGACUGCCGAAGAUGGAGAAAGAGCACAUGAUGAAGAAGCAAAGACUGCUGAUGAUGUCGAAACAGCGGUAGCUGAAACAACUGAAGACGAAAAAGUUGAGGAUGAGAAGGCAGAAGAUGGAAAAUCUGCUGAAAGUGAAAGUGGUGAAGAUGAAAAAGCUGACGAUGAGACAAGUGAAGAUGAAAAAGUACCUGAAGAUGGCACAACCGAAGAUGAAGAAGAUGAUGCUCAGACAGCCGAAGAUGGGGAAACAGCUGAAGAUGAAAAAGCUGAAGGUGAGGAAGAUGAGACACCUGAUGAUGGAGAAACAGCUGAAGCUAGCGCAACUGAAGAUGAAAAAUCUCAGGCUGAGACUGCAGAAGAGGAAAAAGUAGCUGAAGCUGAGAUGACUGAAGAUGAACAAGCAGAGGCCGAGAGAGCAGAUGUUGCAGCAGCUGAUGGUGGAACAGCUGAAGAUGAAACAGCUGAAGAUGAAAAACCUGAAGGUGAAACAGAAGAAGAUGGGGAAACAGCUGAAGAUGAAAAAGUUGAAGAUGAAAAAACUGAAGAUAGAGAAACUGCAGAAGCUGAAACAACUGAAGAUGAAACAGCUGAAGAUGAAAAAGUUGAAGAUGACAAAACUGAAGAUGAAAAAGCUGAAGGUGAGACAGCAGAAGAUGGAGAAACAGCUGAAGAUGAAACAGCAGAAGCUGAAAAAACUGAAGAUGAAAAAGCUGAAGAUGACACAGCUGAAGAUGGAGAAACAGCUGAGGAUGGAGAAACAGCAGAAGAUGGAGAAACAGUUGAAGAUGAAAAAGCUGAAGAUGAAAAAGCUGAAGAUGACACAGCUGAGGAUGGAGUAACAGCUGAAUGUGGAGAAACAGCAGAAGAUGGAGAAACAGCUGAAGAAGAAAAAGCUGAAGUUGAUACUGAAGGUGGAGAGACAGCUGAGGGCGAGACGGCACAAAGCGAGACAGCAGAAGACGGAGAAACAGCUGAGGGUGAAACAACUGAGGGUAGGACAGGUGAAGAUGAAGAAUCAGACGAAGAUGAGACAUCUAGAAGUGAGACAGCUAAUGAUGGGGAAACAGCUGAAGAUGGAGAGGCAGGAGGUGAGACAGCUGAAGAUGGGGAAACAGCUGAAGAUGGAGAAAGAGGGAGUGAGACAGCUGAAGAUGCAGAGGAAGCUGAAAAAGGUAGUGCAGAGGCUGAAACAGCUGAUGAAGGUGAAACAGGAAAUGAAGCUGGACAAGAGGAUGAAAAGACAGAGGGUGAAAACGACAACGCUGACAGCACAGAAGUUCCUGAUGAUGUGUCAGAAAUAAAAGCAGACGAUGAGAGCGGAGACGAAAAGUCACUGAAAGAGGUCGGAACAAGCAUAGAUGAAAAAGCCAACGAGGAGAGUAGUGAAUAUCUCGAAAGUGCCGAGAAUGAAGACGACACAGCCGGCGAUCUGGGCUUAUCAGCAGAUGGAGGAGAUGAGGCUGAGGAUGAAACAGAACCCGACAUAGAUACAGAUGAUGGGGAGCCAGUGAGAACCACUCCCUCAGCAGAGGAUAAGAGUGAUUAUGACACACAGGACACACCGACGUCUUUAGAAACGGUCAUCGCCAAACCGUGCAUAGAGUCGGAGGACGGGGCUGAUGCAGAUGUGGAGGAUUCCGAGACGGAUGUCAACAACACCUCGACGGCCGUGAGCGGUGACUCCGAGUGCGCAGACAAACCCGAGGAGGAGCGGUCCGAGGAGCCGGCGACGUCCCCGACUAAGACCAAAAAACUGUGAGAUGGAGUCUGUGCUCCCUCAAAUCAGUCAGAACAAGAAACAAACUCUGUGGAAGGCAAUGAAGAUGAGUAUGAGAAAGAGAACGAGAACAGCCUGUCUGAUGAAAAGACUCCACAGAGUCAAAUUGAAAAGUAAAACAAAACGUGGACAAAGCUAGCUAUCUGAAAGUUGAAGGACUGUAGUUAACAGCCAAUGAACCAUGAAUCGUUUUCAAGAUGCCCACAAGGGCAUCUUACUGGAGAAAACCAUGAACAUGAGGCAUGUUGUCUCUCAUACCAAAUCCUGAAUGUUGACAGAGUUGCUGGUUUUCUCUUUAGCAGCUGAUAAUUGUCAUAUCAUGCACUUUAUAUACGUAUGACAUGGUACUGCAAUAGUGACUGCUCACACGCACAGGACGGUCCAGUCAUUUAUAAAAGGGAACUGGCAAAACUUGAAAAAAUAUGUACAAACGGGGGCACUUUUCUGUACUCUGAAGGUAAAUACCUUUGAUAUACUAGAAAAGUUAAUUUGAAAUACUAAGUAAGUAACAUUUACAAAGAUGUAUUUAAUCCAAAGUAUACACAGCAAUGUACUAAGUGUUAAGCCUUAGAGGUUUGGAGUUUACGUGUGAAAAAAAAAAACUGGACACAAACCAGGAAGUUCUUUAUCUUGCACUAGUUUCUAUGUAUAUGAAUGUAUGUUUAAGUGUGUAUAUAACAGGGGGGUGACUGACCAAGACUCAUGAAGAGAAUUAUGCUCUGCAAAUGUUACAAGUACUUGAAGAUAAUGUGGUGCAACAGCAUUCUCUGGCACUAUGCGUAGUAGUUCAGGAAGCAUGUACUGAGUGUGUUGUGUGUGUGUGUUCGGAGGGCAAUGUGUGUUUGUCCACAAGAGCUAGGCCAGCCUCACCAUUACUUUGAACCCUUAUUGGCUUCAUGGCUACUGAACAUAACCCAUUCAUCCCUUUGUGGUGUCUGGUUUCUUCUGAAGGACAAAAGGCACACACCGACCAUUAGGGAAGGCAAAUAUGUGUGUGUAAGACAUUUUUAUGACACAUUUAUGAAUGUAAUCAUAAUGGAGUAUUUAUGUAAUAUAGGGGUAUUAAUUACCCUCAUGGUAUUACAUAAAAAAAUAUAAUUUAACUUUUAAUUUUCUUUUAUGUUUGUAUUACAUGUUAUAAUGGAAUGCUGAUGUGUAAGACACAGGGUUGUGCUCACCAUUCCAAAAUAGGUUUGAUGCUUUACAGAGCUCCAAUGCACACAGGGAGACCCUUCAUGCUGUAUACAGGGAGCCUUUGUCAUAUCACUAAGCCAUUGCUUAGAUUCUUCACCAUAUGAAAAGCUGUUCCUGCACAGUCCACAAUGACAGAUCGAAAUAAGAUAGCAAAUACAUUCAGGAUCAUAUUUAGAGCACUUUAAAUUACUAUCCAGUGAAAAAAAAGACAGAGUUUCAGCAUUUUUUUCAAUCCCUUCACUUUUUUUUGGCAUGGAUGUAAAUAUUUGGAGGUAUGAGUUUUGCUCCAUUAUUUUAGAUUGUCGUCAUAGAUUUUCUCUCUGCUAACCCACUGCAAUGAUAAGGUCCACCGGAUGGCUGUAAUUCACAAUUUUCUGUAAACUGAAUGUACUGUAUUCUCACAGAAAUAAAAUGUAUAUGUAUUAAA